AUGUUGUCGGAUAUUUUCCCUAACGCUCCUCAGCAUAUCAAUCAGGAGCAGGUUGAUAACAACACUAUCUUGGUUUGGGCCAAUGGUGAGUUCAAGAUUGGCUUUCCCGCGAAUAUCCGCCGCUUCCUGGCGUAUACCCGCAAUGGUCCCUGGCUCAAGCCUUUCUGUGGGCCCAAGAUGGAAGACGGCCGGGAUAUGUCUGCUGUGAUUAUGGAGACCAAUGAUGGCCGACAUGUUGUGAUUAAUGCCGAGUGGUCGUUCAAUUCAUCCGAAUCGCACAUUCGCAUGGAAGGCGACGGGUGGAAGAUUGUCACCCAGACGCAGGUUGCGUCUUUCUACUUUACACUUUCGGAGGAAUUUAUGGGAUUCAGAACAGAAGCGGUGCAUUGUGAGCCGUGGGUCAAUGACUUUGGCUAUUGCACCUGGAACAGCUUGGGUGUCGAUGUUGAUCACCAGGGCGUAGUGAAAGCUGUUGAUUCGCUCGCCCAGGCAAGUGCGCCUCCUCGUGUUGUGAUUAUUGAUGACGGUUGGCAGGUGAUUAGCCAGGAUCGUCGCCUUGAAUCUGUGUUUCCUCGCAAAGACAAGUUCCCUCAGGGCUUUCGAGGUGUUGUCGAUGAUCUGAAGAGCAGAGGCGUUGAUAAGGUCUUUGUGUGGUCUUCAAUCAUUGGAUAUUGGGAAGGAUUUGCGAAUGAUUUGGGGUUUGCUACUUGCACGAUUCCGCGAAAUGGAAACCAGUACCUUGUACCAAGUCCCGAAGGUGUUUACAAUUACUACGAGACGUUUUUCAGUUAUUUGAGUGACCAGGGUGUUUAUGGUGUCAAGCUCGAUACAUUGAACGUUCUGGACGAUAUAAGUGAUCAGGGUAUUCGUCGAGCCAUUCAGGACUCGUACAUGAAAGCGGUCGAGUACAGCUCCAAUAAGUAUCGGAUCAAAGUUAUCUGGUCAAUGGGAAUGGUUCCCUAUAUAUUCGACUGGUUUGCCAAGCGCCCUGAAACAACCAAGGGCCCGUUCAGAAACUCUGAUGAUUUCUUUCCGCAGAUCAUCGAUAGCCAUUUCUGGCACAACUACUGUAACAUCUACAAUUCCCAAUUCACCCGCCAGUUUGGUCACUCCCUAGACUUUGACAUGUUCCAAACUAAAUUUACCGACCCCUCUCCGGGUGCUGAGAAAAUGCCUUGGCUACAUGCUGCUACCCGAGCAAUUUCUGGUGGCCCCAUUUAUAUCACCGAUUACAUUGGAGCACAUGAUCCUGACUUGAUCAACUGCUUGGUAUCGGAUGGCAAGGCCUUAAGGUUCCCGAACUAUCCUACUGUUGAAGACCCUUAUCAGUGUUUUGAUGAUGAUAGGCUGGUAGUGGCCCAUAACCAGAACAGGUUUGGGCGGCUCUCUGCGUACUUGAACUUUACCAAGAAUCCGCACUCCAGAAACAUUGAGGUUCCUUCGGGUUAUGUUAGUAGAGCUUGGAAAGCGAAAUGGGUAGCCGAUCGAGAUGGUAAGGCCUCUAUAGAUGUGCAGUCGGGCGAGUGGGAACUUAUUUCAACUGUUAAGAUCGCGACAAUUGGGAACAAGAGAAUCGGAUGCUUUGGUUUGAUAGAUAAGUUCGCAGGGCUAGCAGCUUUGAACUCUGUCCAGAUCACCGACAAUUGUCUUGAGAUUUCCUGUCUUCCAGGUUCAUUAGGUUUAUACCUCCCUGAUGGUCCACCCGAGAAAGCAGCAGUUGGCAAUGACCUCUUGGAUAUCAAAUUCGAUGGAGUAAUUGCCAAUGUCGAUGUCAAAAGCGAACAAACUUUACGCUUUUGGUUUUGA